AUGACAAGCAUCAAAGUUUUCGAUAUAUUAAUUUCAGUCGAUUCUAUGUUUGCUUUCAGAAUUAUGGUUUAUACAAGUUUGAAUAAGCUUCUUAAUGGGACAUUCAGUAAUCUACCUAAGUUAAAAGAUUUAAAUCUGCAUAUGAAUAAUAUUGAAAAAGUCGAAGAAGGAGUAUUUGCUGGUUCUAAUAACAUCAAGACGAUCUAUUUAAAUAGCAACAGCAUUCGCGUUAUUCCAAAAUUACUCUUCGAAAAUCUAUCUAUAUUACGGGAGAUUAAACUAUCAUCGAAUCAGAUAACUAAAUUAAGCAGCUACGGCUUAUCCACGUUAGUCUCGGUUGUAUCUCUGAAUCUGGAUCACAAUCUUAUCCAUUUAAUAGAAGCGUGUGCUUUUAAUAGAUUGAAGAAAUUAAGAAUAUUAAAUUUAGCAAAUAAUUUACUCAGUAAUAUUUCUUCCGCGAGCAUGAAAGGAUUAUCUCAUUUGAAAACUUUAUGGCUUGAUGAAAACAGAUUUUCUUCUCUAAAAUUUGCCGAUGAAAUUAAGCUGCUGAAUCUUACCCAUCUAUAUCUAAGAAAUAAUCAGAUUUUGUUGUCAAAACACAUACUCCUAAAAGGCUUACCUCAAUUGGAGACAUUAGAUUUAUCUCAUAAUAUGUUAGAGGUUAUACCCUAUUUUGAAACAAAGGAUUAUGUUCAAGUUUUAAAUUUGUCCUAUAAUGCCAUUUAUGAUCUAAGUGCGACUGAUUCAUCUAAAUCAAUAACUUUUGAAGCGAUAUAUUUAUCCAGAAAUCGUUUAAGCAAUCUCGAAGAAACUUGUUUUAUUUCAUUAUUGCAACUGGAAAAACUGAGUUUGGAUAAUAAUUUUAUUGCCAAAGUUAAUAAGGAUUGUAUUAGAAAUCUUACUUCAUUGACAGAGCUGGAUUUCUCUUGGAAUAUGAUUAAGUACAUUGAAGAAGAAGCAUUAAUAGGCCUUGACAAACUCCAAAUACUGUACCUACGCGAUAAUCAAAUAGAACAUUUGCGAGAAGAUGUCUUCAGCAAUUUGAUCUCAAUUAAGGAAAUUUAUCUUGACGGCAAUAAAAUGGACAGUUUGAUCGAUGUAACUUUCACCCGAUUAGCUCGUUUAACGAUUUUGUUCUUACAGCAUAAUAAUAUUUCCUUUAUUUCCAAACGAUGCUUCACAUUUUUGGCUUUAAUUUCUGAAAUUUUGGACAUCGGAUUUAAUGAUUUUGCUAAUAAUAUUCCGGAUUUGAUGGAUAAACUACUCCAUACAGAUUUAAGAGUUACGAGGCUAGGAAUUAGUGGAAAUGGUCUUAAAACGUUAUGGAAUAGCUUUAAUAUAGGUCUGGUAAGGAAAGAAAUUGGAUUAGGUUUAAGCGGUUUACAACUAAAGCGCUUACCGUCUCCAAAUUUACGACACCUGGAAGGUUAUAUAGCGGUUCUUACUCUGAACAAUAAUUUUAUCAAAGAAUUUGACGUUGAAGAUUUCUUUUCUGGAAGCGAUAGUAAUCUCCUAGAAUUAAAUAUAUCCGAUAAUAGCAUUACUAACUUCUGCGAUAAUGCUUGGCAAAAAUUUGCGCCAAAACUACGGAAUGUAUCAUUAAAGGCGAAUCCACUACUAACAAUAUCUGAAAAAUCGCUAUAUGGACCUCAACAACUAUCUACUGUUUUUACAUCUCGAGAUUAUUUCUGUUGCUUGGUACCUGCAAAAGUUACUGCAUGCGAGCCGAUUAUCGUAGAAUCACUGACUUCGUGUCAAAAUCUGCUAUCUCAUUUAUCCUUAAGACUCUACAUAUGGAUAAUAGGUGGAUUAGCGUUUAUAGGAAAUUUGUUGGUUUUACGUUUACAUUGGAUAAAACGGCACAGCAGUAGAUCAAAAGGAACAUCACAGCUUCUAAUUAUCAACCUAGCGGUAUCGGACUUUCUAAUGUCAAUUUAUUUACUAAUAAUUGCUAUUAGUGAUCAGAUUCAUGUGAAUAAUUAUGGCGUCCGUGCUGAAAGUUGGCUAAGAAGUCCAAUUUGUGCAUUAGCAUUUUUCUUGGGCAGCUUAUCUAGCAUCAUGUCUGUUAUCUCGAUAUUACUAAUUAGUGUUGAUUUAUAUUUUCGCUGUACAAACCCGUUUAAUUAUCAGAAUAGAAAUUGCAGAUCAGAAAAAUUCAAAGUUACUGUUAUUAUAUUAUGGUUAAUUUGUAUUAUCUUUGUUGCAAUACCAGCUGUAACUAGCACAAAUGCCGCAGGUAAUGAUCGAAUUUAUAAAUAUAGUAGCAUUUGUAUGCCAAGUAAUGUAGAAGAUGCAUUUUAUCGAAGUUGGAUCACAAUUGCUACAGUCUGUAUGGUUUGUAUUUGGUUAACGACAUGCAUAUUGUAUGCACUAGUACUUUUGAAAGUUCACCAAAGUAGCCAAUCUGUUCAUAAGUCGGCCCAAUUAGAUCGAAAAUUAGCAAGGAAAUUGUUUUUAAUUUUAUUUACGGACUUAAUAUCAUGGCUGCCUUAUUAUAUACUUAUUUUUAAAGUGAUUUUGACCGGUAGGAUCGAUAUUUUUACGUUAAAAUUUGUUAUUAUACUCACAUUACCUAUGAAUUCAGCUCUCAAUCCGUACCUUUAUAGUUUUACUUGUCCUACAUCACCAGGUAGAGCUUUAUUGUCUAUCCGUAAGAGCUUUUCAGGGAGAUUGCGGGAUUAUUACUCGGAUCCAUUGCGCCAAGUUAAUCAUUAUUUCUUCAAGUGUAAUGAUAAUAAUGAUCCUCAAAAUAAUUUAGAAGGACCUGAUGUUAAUAUCACACUAAAUAAUACAGAGUGUUUACAAACUGUUGAUAGAGAAGAAGUUGUUAAGCGGACUCUUCGAGAAUCAAAUGUGUAA